CACAGGUAACCAAACACAGGGUGACACGGCAUUACUGACGAGGGUAAAGGAGAGAGAGGAACAAGAGAGAGAAAAGUUUGCUGAAGUCAGAGAGAUAAGGAACAGGCACUAGGGGCUGUACAGUGUGAGAUGGAGCAUGAGUGACAAUAAGAGAGAGAGAGAGAGAGAGAGAGAGAGAGAGAGAGAGAGAGAGAGAGAGAGAGAGGAGGGCUUUCCUCUGUGGAAUUUAGUUCUACUCCUAGUUUUGAAACUUUGCCGGCACAAAUCACACAGUCUGUGUGAGUGAAGGUUAGACUACUACAUUUCAUUACAAUAAAUACAGUGUGCAGUGUGUUUCUUAGGAAGAGUUUAAAAAGAUGACCAAAAAACCUACAUCUACUCAAAAAGAUGGACGAGUCGCAACAAAUGGACACGUAUUUUCCCAAAAUGGAACUCACUCAGAUCCCAGUGGGAAACCGCAGGGUGCAGACAACAGGAGGGUGGAACUGGGAAAGAAGGUGACCCUGCUCCGAGGAAUCUCCAUCAUUAUCGGAACCAUCAUCGGGGCUGGGAUCUUCAUUUCUCCAAAGGGCAUCCUGAAGCACACAGGGAGUGUAGGAAUGUCCCUAAUAGUGUGGAUUGCCUGUGGUGUGCUGUCACUGUUUGGAGCCCUGUCCUAUGCUGAGCUGGGGACUUGUAUUAAGAAGUCUGGUGGACAUUACACAUAUAUAAUGGAAGCCUUUGGACCUCAGAUGGCUUUCAUAAGACUGUGGGCUGAUCUUAUUGCUAUAAGGCCUGCAGCAACAGCAGUCAUCUCUCUGGCCUUUGGUCAAUACAUCCUGGAGCCUCUGUUUAUGCCCUGUGAUAUCCCCCCUAUGGCUGUCAAACUGGCCACGGCCAUCGGCAUAACUUCUGUCAUGUACCUGAACAGUAUGAGUGUAACAUGGACAGCCAGGAUCCAGAUCUUCCUCACCUUUAGCAAGCUGCUGGCCAUCGCCAUUAUCAUUGUCCCUGGGCUGUACCAGCUCUUUAAAGGGGAGACCAGAAACUUUGACAAUGCCUUUGAGCUGACAAAUGUGAAGCUGUCUGGUAUGCCACUGGCAUUCUACUCUGGAAUGUAUGCAUAUGCUGGGUGGUUCUAUCUGAACUUUGUGACAGAGGAGGUAGAUAACCCUGAGAGGACUGUGCCAUUAGCUAUCAGUAUCUCCAUGCUGGUUGUGACCUCCUGCUAUGUACUGACCAACGUGGCGUACUACACAGUGAUGACAGCAGAGGAGCUCCUGGCCUCAGACGCUGUUGCUGUCACAUUUGCAGAGAAGAUGAUGGGGAACUUCUCAAUUGCUGUUCCAGUUUUUGUGGCCUUGUCCUGCUAUGGCUCCAUGAAUGGUGGUCUCUUUGCCUAUUCAAGGAUGUUCUAUGUGGCAUCACGUGAAGGACAUCUCCCUGAGGUUUUGUCAAUGAUCCAUGUCCGCAGACACACUCCACUGACUGCUGUUUUUAUACUGUACCCUAUGACCAUUCUCCAGCUGUUUGUGGGAGACAUCUACAGCCUGCUGAACUUCAUGAGCUUCCUGAGGUGGCUGUUCAUUGGUGUGGUGGUGCUGGGUUUAAUCUACCUCCGAUAUACGAAGCCUGACCUCCCCCGCCCCUUUAAGGUCCCACUCUUCAUCCCAGUGGUGUUCUGCCUCACAUGUUUCUUCAUGGUCUUUUUGUCUCUGUACUCGGACCCAGUAAACACAGGGAUUGGAUUUGCCAUUGCCCUCACAGGCAUCCCAGCAUACUACAUCUUCAUCUACUACAAUCACAGACCAAAGUGGAUUCAGAGGGUUUUAGAUUCCUUCAACAGAACCUUACAGAUUAUCCUGGAGGUCGUCCCUGCUGAGCAGUAACAGUACACAAACACUACUUGUACCUUUUGAUAGCUUCAAAUCAAAAUAUAUAUAGAGUCUAGUAAGAGCAAAACUGGUGUUAUACCCUCCAAAAGACUAGAACUGAAAGUCAGUUACGUGCUGGCACUAAUGUGGUUUUUAUGAUAUAGUACUCUUUGUAGAAAGGUUUGCCCCGUGUUAUUACUGUUUUCUCGAGUCUAAGCACCCAAAGACUCAGAUAUGUGUUAUUUAUGUAGUUAAUUUUUGGAGGGUCAGAUGCCAAAUGAAAUGAACAUCAUGUCUUCAAAUAAUAUCUCCUGUGAUAGAUAACUGAGCCAAAAGUAUUUAUCUGUAAUAACAGGCUUUACGAUGGAGCGUAUGAAUACACAGAGAGACCGUUUCCACCAACUUGCACAGAUGUUUUUGUUCCUUAACAAAUGGAAUGGAGAAUAAACCUUAACACUGAGUUACAACACUGGACAAUGCAUUGUUGACUGGUCAGUAACCACUGGAGUUAUAGCAGUGGAUGACUCCACUAAUGCCAUGAGAAUGCAGUUGCAACCAGCAGCUUGCAACCAGGCCAAAAUGAAGAAAAAUGCAGACUGGGUGAGAACCUGGAUGGAGAAUCUUUAUGUGAAUGACUUGUUUAGACUUUAGAAUCUCUACAUGUCACUCACCAUAUUAUUUUAUCUCCCGGCUGUCAUAAACAACCUAAUCAUUGUAAGGCUAAAAGUAGUAGUGAACAUUUUAGGACUCUUUUUUGGCAUUUUAUUGCUAAAUGUUGCCCAAAAGUCAAAGUGCAGUUCAAGGUCUCCUAAAGCACUAAGACCUGCUCACAGUCAGUAAUGGCUGCUGCCAGUCAUGCACCUCUUUUAGUCAGCAUUUUGGAAAAAUAUAAUCAUAAUUAUCUAGUAAAUAGCUAUCAGCCUAUUCGUGGUAUUCUUAUGGCAGUGGAGUGAAUAGAGGAUACGAUCAUCUCACUGAAACAUCAAGAGAAUUCAGUAAUAAUGGAGAUCAAAGCAUCAUGUCUCAGCUGGCUAUCACUAGCUGUGGGCAGUGGAUAACUCUGCAAGGUAUUUGGACAGUUCCACAUGUUUUGUUCUUCAAGGCUCUGUGCCUCAGCAGAGUAGGAGUAAUAGAUUUGAUUCAAUAUAGAAACUGUGUGGGAGCCCUAUUAUCACAGUGCCAAAUUACAAAGUUCAAAAGUAAUCGGACACUUGGCUUCUAAAUGUUUCCUGAGCAGCUGUGUACUGUUUCAAUAGCAGUUCAUGCAGAAAAGAGCUUACACAGGGCUCAGAUUUGAGAAUUGCCAUUUACAUUGAGGUGGAAAUGUCUGUCAAUACCAGAAGUAAAAAGGUGACUGCAAGUGAGGAAGAUAAUACAGCAAUAAUGCAUUCAUAAUGCAACAUUAGAGGGCCACCACAGUGCACUACUACAGAAACAAUAAUUACGUUGGCACAAAACAUAUUUCAGAUUUCUUUGUGACUUCAUUUUGUAAGUGUUCAUGUUCUAUCAGACUGCCUUUCUUCCAUUAGUUGGCAGAUAGUCCUAACACUAGGACACUGUCAUUAUUAUGACUUUGCAUCACCUCUCUGAUCUUAUGUGGACUCUCUGCUCCCCUACUAGUCCACUCACAUUUCACAUCACCUACUGAAGUGGCUUAUCUCUUUGUGGCCUGGUGUGGUUACAGUCUUGCAUGAUUUCCAUGUCCACACAGGGUGCACCCUUGUGGACAUCCAUGUGCAGCCCAAAGUUAUUGAUUCAUUCCUGGUGGAUUACUUGGUACUAUAUUUCUGAUGUUCACCUCUAGAUUGUUGUGAGGAAAGGUAAAACAAUUGUUGCCAUGAUAACCUUUCAGAGUUGUACAAUCCUGUCUGUGAGUAUCAUAAACCACUGUGCUGUGUUAUGGAGUCUAAUAAGCUUUUAAACACAUAAAUCCAUUCCUCCAACUGGA